AUGUCCGACUUUCUGUCCUAUCUUUUCUGGGAGAAGCAAGAAGGUUACUUAUGUGCGCAACAUUGUCUUAACGCACUUCUUCAAGGCGAAUAUUUCACAGCCGUUGAUCUGAGCGAAAUUGCUCGAGAACUUGAUGAAGCGGAAUCAGCUGCUUUGAAUAAUACGGAUGAAGGAAGUGAAGCAAAAACGAGUCAGAAUAUGGAUGAUACCGGAUUUUUUUCAAUCCAGGAUCUUGAUAUAAUUUUAUAUGGUUCAGAAGACUGUGUCGAUGCGCGUAUUCGUCCAGAGUUCACUUUGAGGAAGUUUGGUAAUAGUCCUCUGCGUUGGUAUAACUUAGACUCUGUACUAAAAGGCCCGGAAUGGAUUAGCCAGCUAUAUUUAGAACUGCUGUUGGCUGAAUUAAAUAACAAUGGAUACAGUGUAUUUGUUGUGAAGGGAAUAUUUCCUCGAUGUCAGGCUGAUGACUAUGUAACCUCUCUGGAAGCUAACGGGAAUGAAAAGAGCGCGGACACUGAUGAGGAAAUGCUGCAAGCUGCUAUUGCAGCAAGUCUUUCGUCACUGGGUGAGACAAAUGAUAGGCAACAGGAAUCACCCAGUUCAAGUCAAGCUGAAAUUGACAGCCGACCUACAACAACCUCAUCGCCUUCAACAAGACGGCUUACAAGAUUUAGUUAG